AUGGAUGUAGGCUCAAUAAAUUUAUCAUCACAAUGUCAAAUAACAUGUUCGAAUCCAAAUGCAACAUCACCUGAAAUAUUAAUACAAUCAAAUAAUAAUCUUCAAACAACAAUAGCAUUAUUAUCACGUCGUUUACGCUCACCACCAUGGUCAUAUACUUAUUUACCUAAUGAACAACAUUGUACAUUAAUAUUACAAUUUCCACAUUCAAUUAUAUUAAAAUCUAUACAAAUAAUACCAUUUACACAAUUAUCAAUUAAUCAUUAUAUAAUAAUGAAUCAAUUAAAUACAAAUUUAACACAAUAUCCAUCAUCAAUAAUAGGUGAAACAUCAUCAGAUGGUUAUUAUCUUAGACCAUGUGGUUAUUUAUUAAAUACACAAGGACAACAAAUAAUUAAUUUAUCAUUAACAAAACCAUUUGAUAUUGUGAAACAACUACGUAUACAUUUUUAUAAACCAACUGAUCAUGAUACUAUUGGUUUACAACAAAUAUCAAUACAGGGUUCUUAUACAUAUGAUCAACAAAUGUUUAUUGAACAAACAAGUCAUCCAUAUCAAACAUGA